AUGUGGCGUCAUCAUCUUCGACGUCUAGAGAUUGUGGUGCACCCUGAGUUGCGACGACAGGUGGUUCCCAUGAAACAAAUCCAUGGUAUUUUUUGCUCUUCGGAAAGUAAUGGAAUUGAUGAAGGCGAAUUACUUUGCUGUGUUCCUUUUUUUAAUACCAUUGCAACAAAUAUAGCAAUUGCUUCUCCGUGGGGAACAGAGUUGAUGCAUGCGAUUUCUUCUUAUAGUGUUAUAGCAGAUGGUGUUAAAGUUGAUUACUCCAAAGAAAGUGCCAUUACGACGGUAUUUUGUGCUCUUGCGAUGCUGUACGGAAGAAAUCCUCUGAGUGAUUAUCUUCAAUGGAUUUCCCUUGAGAGAGGAGAUGAGGAUGAGAUACGGCGCAAACUGGGUGAUGAUGGAUAUAUUAAACUUCAAACCAUUGACAAACUAAACAACUCUAUAUUACUUGCUCUAUGCGAAGACGCUGCAAAGAUUGGUUCUAGGAUACCUGUUGAGGCAAUGGAUAAAGCGCACAAGAUCUGUAGUAGCCGAUGUGUAGAUGUUCCGCGCUCUCAUAAAAUUUUUGGUGGGCCAUCAUUAGUACCAUUUAUGGAUCUUAUUAAUCACUCAGAUAAGGAACCCAAUGUUGCUGUAUACAUGGAUACAGCGAGCUCAUUGAGGGAUGCCUUACGUAACUCAAAAAAGUUGUCAAAAGAUGUUUUUGAAAAGUUUUGCAGUACUCAAUGUCCUUUUUAUGUUAUAGCUAGAACUACGAGAGAUGUUGCAGCAGGGGAAGAGUUGCACUACCAGUAUGUUGAUACUCGUACUGAUUCUGCUCAAGAUUUGUUGUUUUGGGCCUCCCGAUUCCAUUUUUGUCCCUAA